AUGCAGCCGUCCUCUGCCGUCUCCGGUGGUGAUACCACAACCACAACCACCGCGGCAUCAGCUACGAAUACCAACACAACCUCCUGGGCUCAGAGCCUUAUGAUCUCAAUUCGAGACCUUUUCACGCAAGAACCGAGCUCCGAACCCGAGUCGGAUGCUUUGGCUGGAUGGGUUGGUGUGCGAAAGGGCAGAGGGAGAUGCCGUUCCGUUGGGGAGGUUCACUGA